AUGUGCGGUCAUUGUGAACAGAUCAUUGACCUUCUUUGGCAAGGUCCCUCUGAGGACAAUCCAGGUUUCCCUUCCUGUCACUUUCUAGAAACUGUACCCCCAAUUAUUAUCGACAAGGAAAUUAAUCCCUUUGUGGACAAGUGGGAAGAAGAAGGACAGUUCCCAGCUCAUAAAGUAUUUAAAACCCUGGGGCAGGCUGGAUUCCUUGGUGUGGAUAAGCCAACAGAAUAUGGCGGCAUGGGCUUGGACUUCUCCUAUAACAUUGCAGUGGCAGAAGAGCUGGGAAAUAUCCGCUGUGGAGGUAUUCCUAUGGCUAUUGGAGUGCAAGCUGGCAUGGCUACUCCUGCUCUUUCAAGGUUUGGUUCUGAUGAGUUGAAAAAACAGUUCCUCGUACCAACUAUAGCUGGGGAUUUUGUGGUUUGCUUGGGAAUCAGUGAAGCUGGAGCUGGGUCAGAUGUUGCAAAUAUCAAGACGACAGCUGUCAGAAAAGGCGAUGAAUAUGUCAUAAAUGGUGGGAAGAUGUGGACUACGUCUGGGUGCCAAGCGGACUGGAUGUGCUUGCUGGCAAACACCAGUGAAGGACCUCCCCAUCGAAACAAAUCUCUCAUAUGCCUGCCAAUGAAUCUACCUGGCAUUCACAUUGCUAAAAAGAUAGACAAACUGGGCAUGAGGUCAUCAGACACAGCUCAGAUCUUUUUUGAAGAUGUAAGGGUCCCCAGCAAAAACCUCAUCGGCGAGGAAGGAAAGGGUUUUACAUAUCAGAUGUUGCAAUUCCAAGAAGAGCGGCUGGGGGGGGGAGCCACUGUCCUGACACCGCUGGAAAUUAUCAUACAAGAAACUAUUGACUACACUCGCCAGCGGAAAGUGUUUGACCAGUCUGUCCUGCACAACCAGGCCGUGCAUUACCGCCUGGCUGAGCUGCAAGUAAUCAUCAAAAUGAGCUCUCUCAUCUUUGCCAAGUUCACGCUUACUUGUACUACACUCUGUUACGGAUGUUUGGUGGUGGGAGUGGGGGUUGAUUUUUAUUUGUAG